CUAUUUACGAAGCGAAUAUAAUAGUAGUCUGUUUGAUGAGCAAUGGCAGACAGAGGCAGAGUUUGGGAUCCAAUUAUCUGUAUGUUAUGUGCAGUCAAGCACACACAGCUCUGUGUGAUCUGUGGGCUGUCCCUAUGUCUAUUCAUUCCUGGCAAACAGACAUGCACACACAUACUCACCUGUGAGUAAACGCUGCACUUUCUGGUUAGACACACAUUACACACAUACGCGCAUUGCACAGUCAGAAUAUCAGCUGGGUGUUGGAGGAAGUUCUGCUGUGGUAUUUCAAAGCAGCUCCUUUAGUAAACAUUCGGUCUGUCUGUCUUAUGAGAUAUCUACUAGCUAGUUAAACGGCAUGCUUAGGGUGAAGUGGUUCGGAUGAAGGUUUGCUAUAUGGAGUAAUUGGUUGUCUUUUGAGGAAGCCGUGCUGUAACAACAUGAGGGAAUUCAGUGGGCCUCCUGUGCAUCUGAAAAUGCACUGAUAGACUGUUUGAGCUGCAGUGAAAUGUAUUGGGGAAAACUUUUUUGAAAUCUGAUGGAAUGGCAGAGGCUCCCCAGGCAGGUAUCCCAGCCUUCUUUUCAUGGAUCACCCAGAUUUCAGAUGCUUUCUCCAAUGGCUUCCGCCACCUCGGCCAAAACGAAGCUGUUGACUCUGAGGUCUCAGUGAAAGGUGAGAGUUCAGAGGUGGAGCAGCACUUGAGGGCUGUUCAUGGAUCUGGAGUGGAUCCACAGGAGAAGCUGGGGCUGCGAGGUCAGGGCUGCAGGUUUGAUUAUGCCCCCUCUCUCGAACGUCUGACUCCCAUCAGCGAAGAGACAGAUGAGCUGGAGAGCAGGAGUCUGCUGGCUUCACGCUGCUCUGAUGCUGUGAAUAGUUACGGCGAUGAUGGAGAGGUUUCCAGCUCAUCGGACAGCGAUGAUGAGUUAGCAAAGCAGUUUGAGAUCUCGGUUUCCCGCUCACAGAGCUUCCGUUCGAGUGUUACAGAGCUCAACACCCAGAAUGCACCAGGGCAACAUCACAAAUUUAAACGGCUGCUGUCUGACCAGGAAGAAGGAAGCACAGAGCCUUCUGACUGUGAAGCUGAGAGAAACAGUGUGCAAAGUUUUGAGGAUCCCCUCUCGUCCAGGCGACGUGUGAGGUCUGAGCCAAGAGACCCGUUAUCACAGAGUCCCCUUCCUGAGGACCCGACCUUCACAGACCCCCUCUCUCAGAUGGCGGAGCGGAUCUCUGUGGGCUCCCAGGACACAGGAGACGGUCUGGAGGCUCUACCCAGGGACGAGGGCAGUCGUCUGAGCAGUGUGGGGCGGCACACCCCACAGAAGAGCCUGGCAGUCGACAAUCAUGGAUAUGACAACAGUGAGGCUACGGAUAGCAUCUCCACAUGGAGCUCUGAGCAUGAGCAAUCUCCAUCCCACCCUUUGAGUGCUUCCCCUCGUGGACAUAUCUCAAAAUGUGGCGAUCUCAUAAUUGCCCUCGACUAUCGGGCUGAAACGCACAGGCUCCUGGUCACGGUGAUAAUGGCUCAAGGCAUUCCAGACAAGGCACGGAGCGGCAUGGACUCCUGGCAGGUGCACGUGGUGCUGUUACCUGGUAAACGACAGCGGCACAAGACGGCCGUGCAGAAAGGCUCCAUGCCCAGGUUUGAGGAGACUUUCCGGUUCUCGCAUAUAGAGCCGGGGGAUCUGGGUUCCUCUGCGCUGCGGUUCCGCCUGUAUGCGCUGGGGAAGAUGAACAGGGAGAGGAUGAUGGGAGAGGCCAUGUACAAGCUGAGCAGGCUGAAACACAUGGGACGCUUCCAGGUCACGCUGGUCCUGGAGCCACGUAGUAAUCUCAAGACAGUAGACUCCCAGGUGUCUUUCAGCGCUCAGAGUGACAGUGCUUCCUCCAGUCAUUCUGUGUCUCACGGUGGAAACCCAGAACUACUGCUGGGUUUAUCAUAUAACGCCACCACAGGACGACUGUCUGUAGAGAUCAUUAAAGGCAGCCACUUCCGUAACUUCUCUCUCAACAGACCUCCAGAUACAUUUGGUAAGCUCACUCUGUUAAACUCCAUGGGACAGGAGAUAUCCCGCUGUAAGACGUCCAUCCGUCGCAGUCAGCCGAAUCCUGUCUUCAAGGAGACAUUUGUCUUCCAGGUGGCGCUGUUCCAACUGUCAGACGUCACAUUAAUGGUCUCCAUUUACAAUCGGCGGAACAUGAAGCGCAAGGAGAUGAUUGGCUGGGUGGCUCUGGGCCAGAACAGCAGCGGUGAGGAGGAACUUCUUCACUGGCAGGACAUGAAGGAGAGCGGAAACCAACAAGUCUGCCGCUGGCACACACUACUGGAAGCUUAGAGGAUAGAGAGAUAGAAGUCUGAUCACUCAUACCUACUGCAUUCAGCUGGAUUUUCCUUUGGGAAGAAGGUGAAAGCCAAGGCCAAAAAUACCCACAAAAACCAGAAUGAACAAGCACUUUUAACAGUAUCAAAGAUAAGGCAUGUAAAUCUUGGAAGCACAUACAAACACAAAGAAACACCCACACGCCACUUUCCUUCUCCCUGAGAGUACUUGAUACAGCCUCUUAUCUGGUAACCAGGAAAUGACUUCAUGGCGUAAUAUACAGACUACUCUCUCAACUCCAGCAGCAACCAAUCAAAACGCAUUAUAGCCCGAGCCACGGUGAUUGUCGCCUAGCGAUUUCAUGAAUGGAGGAUUGAUUUGAAAUGAUUAAAUGCCUUUCUUCGGAUCAUUUUAAGCUUGAACACCAGAAACAGUUUUGGUGAGACCAAAUGUGUAAUGAGCAGAAAACUGUUAGUUGAACACGUGCACUUUCAUUCAUGCUCUCCUACUGAUGACACUGAAGCUGUUUUUUUUAUUACAUUUUUUAUUACAUUUUACAUCAAAAUAUCUUGUAAUGUAAAGUCACAAACUCACGGACAGUGUUAUGAGAAUAGAUGCUGUUAAAAGUUUACAAUUUACCCCUAUUCAUAUCAGAAUGAGAGAAAUAAGCAGAUGACUUUAAGAUGUAGUUCAAACUCUUUUUUAGUAAUUUCAGUGAAUGAGGACUGUUGCUGGCCAGGAUUUAAAGGAGACCUAUUAUGUCCCUAAUUACAAUAUUUAAGCCUCAGGUGUCCCCAGAAUGUGUCUGGGAAGAUCCAUCUCAAAAUACCCCACAGAUAAUUUUCAUUUUCAAAAAGUCUGCUUUGAGCGAAUCAGAAACGCUCUGUUUUCAUGCAUGUACCUGCCCCCUUUUACAGAAUAGAGCAAUGCCUUUGCAGUUUGUUCCUCAGAUACUCUGCUAAAAACCACCGGUUUGGUUUUGAUUAUCAAGUCUAUUCCUCUAAAAUGUGUUUUAAACCAUAUCAGUUUGAACUUCAUAAAUACAAUUUUCAGAGUGCAUACAUCUGAAGCGCACACACGAAAAGCAUCUGUCAAAUGGCAUGUCAGUCUCUUUCGUAUCUUAUUGCGCUUAAACACAAUCUUCUUUUAGAAGACUUUUAAAAAAUAGUUUUAAACAAAAAUGUUGACAUCUAUUAUUGAUCUUCCAUGCCGGAAUCCUUUCUCGCAGUUUAGUUCAGUGUUACAGUUCACAAAAAUGGUGUGAAUGAUUCAUUUGAAGAGACUGAUCUGUUUCUCAAAUCCAUGUGAAUCGGUUACUCAAACAUAAAUGCCUAGCAGAGCUGGAGAUUAUCAUUAAAUACAUUUCAGCCUGUUCCUCUCACAGAGCUAUUGUAUGGCUUGAGACGGCUUAGAGCAUAGCGCCCAAGUCAUGAGCGCUAUUUUUUUGGUGCUCAUGAAUUUAUUUUGCUUGAAGCUUGAAAGCUCCAGUGCCCGUUCAUUGUAAUUGCUUGGAAAGAGACCGAUCCUGUUUACCAAAAAUCGUCUGUAGUCAGAGCACAGACACUUACGCAUGUCCAAGAAAACCCUUAGACAAUCUUAACACCGUCCUUAUGACAUUGAAACUCUUUUGUAAUGCAUGCCUGUAAUGCUUUAUGCAUAUAUAAAGUGCCUGAUCUCGUCAAACCUGUAUGGAUUUUAAUUUAUAGCCAAUGAUGUUGGAGAUUAGCAUGGAAAACUCUGUAACAUUACAGACGCAUGGACCACAGUGUUUUAAAAAACAGUAGUGCCUGUUUUGCAUGCAUUCAAAUACAAUGUGGUUUUUGGAGAUAAAUGCAUAUAUUUUUGUCUAUCAUUAAAGACAUCCGUAAUACACUACUUUUGCUGGAAAUGUGAUUUUUUUUAUUAUUAAGAAUAGCAAUAAAUUUGUUUUGUUACGCUGAUCAUGCAUUAAACUGUGAAAUUAGGUACUACUGGCGCUGAAAAAUGUACAGUUAACCAACCAUAUGAUCAUGUCAUAUGUUGAUCAGACUGACAAAGUAUCUGAAACUGUUUGCCAGAAGAGUUUGUUUUAAUUUUCCCGUCGUGUAAUGUUUGCGUAUUGGAGUGGAAGAAUCGCUUAUGCUCGAAGGAGAUAAUUAAGCUCGGAGAUGUGAGGUUAAAAGAUCAUUUACCCGUUUAAAAGGUUUCAAUCUAUGGCAUACCGCGUGCUAAUGAAUGUCAGAGAGAUACGCCGCAGGAGCAUAUGAGCAAUAAAAGCUUUCAAAAGUAAAACCGGUUCUUCAGAGAUAAGCCAUAUGUUAAGAAAUAAGCAAGAAGAGAGAGGAGGAAACGCGGCAGCUGAGGAUGCGAGAAGAAUGGAGUUUGAUGCUGGAGCGUCAUCAUUGCCUAGUGACUCUCCUAGCAACAGGAAACAUCUGUUUCAGCGUCGACCAAUCGGCGGCCGGUGCAGUCUGUUAUUGCUCGCUGCACAGAAAGGGGAUAUUUUAAGAGCCGAGAGUGAGCCGAAUACUACAGGGAUUAUAUCAAAACCAAGACUUCGACAUCUGGGGGCGAAGCGUCAAGCUCACGCGGAGCUGAAAGCGGCUAAGUUCGGCGCAGUAUGAGCUGUUUUGAGCCUCUGGUUUGAUGAAGAACGCGCGUGCGGGGACUGUUAAUGUGGCUUUAGAAAUAAGGCAAUGUGUGUGAGCCAGAGGGAGAAGUCUCAGGUGAAUAGAGGAUUUGUCAGAGAGGUGUGUGAUUGUGUCUGCGUGAAGCAGUUCUCAGGGUCUUUCCUCUAAGAGUGCCCUCAGCGGUCAACAACGUCGAAAGUCGCCUACUUUAAGCGGAAAUAUGCGGAAGAGGAGGAUGUUCAGGGAAGCCUACAUGGAUAUCUACAAAAACACCUGAUCCUGCGUGAGGAGCGCAGCUGCAUCCUACGCCUGUCUCUGCAGAAGCUGCGUUUCCUAGACGACCCCGAAGCUUACCUCCGCCGCUCCGUGCUCAUCAACAACCUGCUACGCAAGAUCCACCUGGACGAAUCCCAGAGGGAGAGAGAGAAACAGAGGGAUGACAAGGAAGAGGAGGAGGAGACGGAGAGGAGGCGGAAGAGACUGAAGGUGGUGCUCCAGGAGUUCCAGCAGUACAAGCUGCUACCGUACUCAUCCUCCCCAGCCUCGUGCAUCUGCGGCCUGGGCAGCUGCCACACCCUGCCUCCCGAUCAUGGAGCUUCAGUGCUACUCUAUCAUUUGGAUGAUAAAGGAUAAGACGUCAUCGCACACAUGCAGGGGAUUUGUCCAAAUGUUUACGACUGAUUUCCGGGAGCCAGCAUUAAGAAAGAAAGGAAUUCGGGUUUGCGUGCAUUCGUGAUUUUGCUCAUGAGCGUGAGCUCUGCGGUUUGUGAUGUGACAGGUGUCUGUCCAUAUCAGGGUGCGUUUUUUUCAACCGGAAAAAGACAUCAUCUCGUUAUCACUGCCUCGCUCUGUUGAUAUGAACUUUGACCACAGACAUUUCGUUUUCAUGAAUUUGCUUGAGUGAGCUAUAAUCUUAAGCACUGUCUUCAGGGAUAAAAAAGGCAAAUGAAAAGCCAUGCACCUUGUGGUUGUUAUAUUAUGUUGUAAGAAAAAAAAAAACAUUUAUUGUAAGUGUCAAAGUCCUGGCUGCUCCUAAGGAUGGGGUGAUUUUACUAAAGCUUCAUUGCUGUGAAAUGGAAUUUUUUGUGUAGGUGGCUACUGAUGUCAAACUAGUAAAUUAUUAUUAUUUUUUUUAAACAAGUUUCUGUACCUUUAACAAAAAAAAAAAUAAUAAUAAAAAAAAAAACAGGAAAAUGUAAGGGCAAAUAAGAAGCGAAAAUUAUCUUUCAAGGCCUUGUUUUUGUUUUGUUUUUUGGUUUAAACAGGGUCUCACUCUCAGCCAAAAAAAAAGAAAAGUACAAAACUGUCACCAUAUCAUGAAGUACCCUUUCGAAACGUAUUAAUAUGCACAUUUAACAUACUAACAUGUACCAUUUGGGGUAAAUACUGUACAAAGAUGUACCUUUUAGAUUUUGUACUUUAGAGAACCACCUGUCCGACAGCUUUGUACUUUUUUUCUGAGAGUGUACUGACAUGCAGCUUUCACAAUGUAAACAAAACAAUUUACUGCAUUUGCUACCUGCGUUUUCAUUGCAUACAGCCUUUCAUGGCUUUUGGCAGAAACUGUUAUGUUAAGGUGACUCUGCCAUCUAGUGUUAUGGCGAUGAAUACUCAGCCACAUAGACCUUUUUUGGUUAAUUCAUUCAAUCAACUGUACUACCUGCCGUUUAUAAUGCUGUUUUACACUCAUUUGUAUAUUGUAACAAAUUUAGGUUCUCUGUCCAGUUUGUGUGGCCAGUAUACUGAGUUUUAAAUGACACGCUCGCACACGCAACAUUUCUGGCUCUAUAAUCUUUGAAUCUGAAAACCCUAGCUAUGUGGGUGUCAGAAUAUCUCAUAACAAUGGCCUGCAUUCAGUGCACGGACCCACGGUUUAUGACUAACGGGGGAAAACAAGGUAUACAUGCUCAAUGUAGUGUAAAAUCCACCAUUCACUCUUAAACAGAACCUCAGAUGAUCCUGUUCUCGUCCCAUAUCGCUGUGCACUUGUCUCUUAUGUUGGUUACAUACAUUUUUUAAACGGGCAAAGUUGUGCAAAAAUAUUUUGGUACGGUUGAUAAUGACUGGUACUCUUACUAUUAAUAUUUUGUGUGUUUGUUUAUGCACAUUUGUAUGUGUAUUGUAAUUUUUUUUUUCAAUAUCUGAAUGUAAUUUACUGAAAUCUAAAUUCAGAGUGCUAUCUUUUGGACAUUUCAAAGCAUAGACAUGGAUAUCCAGUUUAUUUUGAAAUGGAGCUAUUUUUUGUUUCAAAGAGAACACUAUUCCUCAGAGAAUUUAGUGCUAUUUUGCCAAAAGAUUUAAAAGUAGCAUAUGAGAAUUGUCUAUUUUCAUGGCACUGCAGUCAAAUAAAAAUAUAAUAUUGAAUGCUUCAGUAAGUCCUUUCUCUUUAUCUGUGUAAAUAAAUAUCUGCACAUAAAAAUGUA